AUGGGUUUGAAGGCCUCUUCCUUAUGGGAACGCCCAGUGCUUAAUUCGGUCAACAAAAAGGCCCGCAGCGUGCCUAUUUUGAACCCAGUCGACCCGCAUGGCCGUGUAUUUUUCUUUUCGUGGAUGGGUUUCAUGCUUUCGUUCUGGGCGUGGUACACAUUCCCACCUCUUUUAACUGUCACAAUCAGACAAGACCUUAACCUCACCAAGGAACAAGUCGCCAACUCCAAUAUUGUUUCUCUUGUCGCCACUCUUGCUGUGCGAUUCAUUGCUGGUCCACUAUGCGACCAGAUUGGCUCCCGGAGGGUGUUCAGCUUGAUUUUGUUAGCAGGAAGUGUGCCGAUUGGCUUGGCACCGUUGAUCAAGGACGCAACUGGUCUUUACAUCAUCCGUUUCUUCAUUGGAAUCCUCGGCGGGUCGUUUGUACCUUGCCAGGUGUGGUGCACGGGAUGGUUUGACAAGAAUGUGGUGGGAACAGCCAAUGCCCUGAGCGGAGGUUGGGGAAAUGCUGGAGGUGGAAUCACAUACUUCAUCAUGCCUGCUGUGUAUGACUCUUUGAAGUAUCGAUGGGGGCACAGCUUUGGGCAGGCUUGGAGGAUCACCUUUGUGGUGCCGCUCGUUUGUCUGAUCAUCUGUGGACUGGGGUUGCUGUUUUUGUGCGAUGAUACGCCAAUGGGGAAGUGGGACGAUAGACAUCAGCAUGUUCAAGAGAACCUCAAACAACACGGCGUGCAAGGAGAGAUUGUGGCCGUUCCAGGUACCAUCACUGGCCAGCCCCCAAUUCUCUCAGCUACCCCAUCAACCGACGAGGAAAAAGGUGAGAAGCUAUCUUCUUCUGAGAAGAACAGCAUUUCAGCCUUUGACCACGAAGCCUCACUGUCAAAAGCCGAAGCCAUCGAAACUGCGCAAGGUGAAACCAUCGCCAAACCCACUGUCAAGGAAGCAGUCUCUGUGUGUUUUAGUCUCCACGGCCUCUUCCACGUCGCGACGUACGCAUGCAGCUUCGGUGGAGAGCUUGCCAUCAACUCAAUUCUCGCAUCAUACUACCUGAAGAACUUUCCCUCGCUAGGUCAAACCAAU